AUGAGCAAUCUGGAGAGAACUAUUCCUUGUGAAGCUGCACCAAAAGGAAACAGCUUUAAAAAGAAGAUACAAGAGUUGAUAUUGCAGGGUCAAAUAGACAAAGAGCGAGUAUCUGAUGAUAGGUGUUCCAUUGUAUCAAGCUACUAUGAAAGGAGACUGGAAAGUGGCCAAAACUAUAAUCGAUAA